AAAAGGCAUGCGUGAGCACGCUAUUUAUUAUGCGGUUGGUGCGGUAGAAUUCAAACACAAUAACAGCUGAUGUUCAUCACCACAUUAAUGUUAGUGUAUCUUUCUUUCAAUUGCGUGUAAGUGUAAGCAAUGACUAAGAAGCGCCGGUGCUGUAUAUGUGGAAAGGGUCGUCCAGUAACGUUACAUGGUUUUCCAAAAGAUGAUGUUAACCUUGCUUUGUGGAAACAAGUAUGUAAUUACGAUGACAAAGAUAAGGUUUCUAACCUUUUGAUAUGUUCAAAUCAUUUUCUACCUGAAGAUUAUAUUGACCCAAAUGCCAAGAACUUUGGCGGAGUAUUAAAGUUAAAAUCUAAUAGAGUUCCAUCUGUAUCUGUGCCAAAUAGACUCAUAAAAUGUGAAUCUAUGGUCGCAGCUUCUGUAUCGACAGAAAAUGAGGUUGCAAAAUCGCCGGAAAGAAUAGUACCGUCGCCAGUUACUGUACAAACAAUAGCUGCAACAUUAUUAAUACAGCAGCAAUUAUUUCCUGCAGAACCGCAAUUAACAGAAAGUGUGGAUACUGAAUUGGAUGAAACAUUACCACACACUCCCAAGAAAAGAAGAGUCCACUCUCCUCGUUAUAUUGGUGAAAUAACAUCUGCUGAUUUGGAAACUCCUCGAAGAGCCAAAAGGGCAGUGGCUUUAGCACAAGCCGAGGUACAAAAGAAAACGCGACUAAUUAAAAGUCUAAGAUCAAAAGUAACAAGAUUGGAAAAAAGAGUUGCAUCCCUGGAGAACAUCAUAAAGCAUCUAGCAGAGAAUGUUCUAUCUAAAGAUGUCAGUGAUACAUCAAUGGUACACUUAUGAUCUCUGCUUUAUCAUUUAUUAAAAAAUGUUUUGAUUUUUAUAGCUGUUUCAUGAAUAAAUUUAUGGUUGGGAGCAAAUCAAUGUGUUUCGUAAA